UAAAGCUCCACGGAGGUUUUAGCAGAGGGAGGCUGACUCCUCUUUUUCGCCUCUAAAGUUUUUGGAAAUAUCGCAGUCCAUCCAUCAGGAUCAAAGAUGAACUAACCACAACAUGCUCAGCCAUGGACUUUGUUGUAAGAUUUUAAGGAGACUGUUGUAAGAACGGAAAAGGAACUUUGGGAAUUCAUCAAUCUUUGAUUGCAGGUUCUUCCUGGAACAAAAGGAAGAAUGGGGGCUGGAGCAAUAACCAUCUGUCACAAUAAGGCAGCGGUCCAGAUCAAGGAGGACAUGAAGAAGAUGGUGCAAUUUCCCUUGCUCAAACCCUCUCCAGCCACAGCCACAGGGGGUAAGAAGGUCUUCGGUGUGUCCCUGCUGGAACUGAGAGAGCUGGGGUUUGUCAAGGAUGGGGUUCCUGUGGUGGUACGGAGCAUGGUGGAGUACCUCGAAAAGCAUGGUCUUCGUCAGGAGGGUCUAUUCAGAGUAAACGGCAGUGUUCGGACCGUAGAUAACCUGCGGCAGAGGUUUGAUGGUGUAGAGGAGGUGGACCUGCAUCAGGAAACAGAUGUCUUUGCUGUAGCCAGUUUACUGAAGCAGUUCCUAAGGGAUCUACCUGAGGGCCUCAUCCAUCACUCCAUUCACAAACCUCUCAUUCAGCUUUACCAAGAAUCCAGUGAAGAUGACUUCUGUAAAGACCUACCUGAGCUCCUGCAACAGCUUCCAGAGAUUCACUACAGUCUCCUGUAUUACCUAUGUCACUUCCUAUCCCAGGUAGAACAGGAACACGCUCAUAACCGUAUGACAGCAGCCAACCUGGCCACAGUGUUUGGACCCAAUGUCUUCCAUGUGUCAUCUGGUUUUGACAGUAUAUGGGAGCAGAAUAUCUGUAAUAACAUUAUGGCCAAGCUGCUCCAGAACUACAGCACCAUCUUUGAGUCUAUGGCUGAGAGAAGACAGACUGAAGAGGAACCUUCAAACAUCAUCAUGGUCAAAGAGGCCAACACAAACACAGAAAGCACAGAGAUGUCACCUUACUCCCCUGUUCCAAAUGCACACACUGCCGAUCUCAAGAAGAUGAAGGUCGCUCAAUGCACUCCAGUUGAAAAUACAGACUCUCCAAGAGAAAGAGAAUCAAGUCGAGAUAAACCUAAAACCACAGCAAGAAAAAAAAAGGUCACUCAUUGUACUCCAGUUGAAGAUCCAGACCCUGCAAGGGGAAGCGAGUCAAGUCCAGAUAACCCUACAACCACACCAAGAAAAAAGAAGGUGAAGAAGGUAAGGACGGAGGUGGUGUCAAAAUCUGUUUUUCAACCAACUCCAUCUGGGGUUCCUCAAUCCAGGCCGUUGCCCAAUCUUCCAGACAGAAGCUCGGGUUCCAGACCCCAAUUUUCUCUAUAUCCUCCAGACAGAAGCACCAGCCCCAGUUCUGACAGCAUGAACCUGACCUCUCACACCUUAAGCCCAGCCAUGUCCAUUGACACCUUCAACAGUAUUCUGGAGAAGACUAUCCGCUCAGCAGUCGAACAGCACCUCUUCAAUGGGCACAUGCACACAGGUCAGAGCUCAGAGGGACUGGAGUCGACUGCCCACACUUCAUCUCCUGUGACAACGGCACGAGAGAGGAGGAGACAUCAGCGAGACCAGGAGGAGAAAGAAAACAUCAGGGUCGAGGGUGAUAAAGAGAACAUCCCGUCUCCGGGUGUGAGGGUCACAGAGGAGGAUGAGAGGCAUCUGCUGCUGGCACUAGAGGGUCAGAGGAACAGGAAGCCCAAACACAACCCCACACUGACUGAGCUCUCUGACAACCAGGACGCCCCCACGCCUGCCAUGAAGAUCCAAGAGGCUCAUAGUGGGGCAGAGACCUGCAACGAUGUCCCACGCCUGGACUUGUCUACUCUGACAGAGGACAGUGACUGGGCAGAACCAGUGCCGGCCUACUCAUCGUGGCAAAGGGAGAGUAUGGACAGCGAUGAAGCUCGGGUAUCGCCCCACGCCGGUGGCAAGCCGAUUCGUCAACUCCUAGAGGAAGACAGUGACCCAAUGGUCUCUCCACGCUUCUAUGCCUAUGGAGACAGCCAGCAGUACCUGGACGACACAGAGGUUCCACCGUCGCCACCCAAUGCCCACUCCUUUGUAAGUAGGCGAAGGAGUUCAUCAUUAGGUUCCUGCGAUGACGACCGUGAGGAGCUCACCUCAGCCCAGCUUUCAAAACGAAUCCACGCCCUCAAGAAGAAGAUCCGUAGGUUUGAGGAGAAGUUUGAGGAGGAACGCAAAUACAGGCCGUCACAUGGCGACAAAGCCGCCAACCCAGAGGUUCUGAGAUGGAUGAAUGAACUCACUAAGAUGCGCAAAGACUUGAAAGAUCACAAGUUGUUAAAAUCAGAGGAGGAUUUGACGCCCAUCCCCCGCCAGCGAAGCAACACGCUUCCCAAGAGCUUUGGGUCUCAGCUGGAGAAGAAACCACCCGAGACCAAAGCCCCCAAACCCCCUGUGGAAAGCACGCUGGAAGCAGUCAUGAACAAACUACUGGAGAAACGCAAGGAGGCGGGACGACCGGAGGACAUUAAAGAUAUGACCCGUGAGCAGAUCGGAGUGGAGAAGGUGGCCCUUCAGAAAGCUCUUCUGUAUUAUGAGAGCAUCCAUGGCAGACCAGUCACCAAGAACGAGAGGCAGGUUAUGAAGCCUAUGUAUGACAGAUACCGGCUCGUCAAACAGAUCCUGUGUAGAGCGUCCACCAUUCCAGUCAUUGGUUCGCCUUCCAGCAAGCGCAGAGGCCCUCUGCUGCAGCCCAUAAUCGAGGGUGUACCAGCCCUGUUCUUCAGCGACACCAAGGAGGAAGAGGACGGUUCAGAUGAAGACAACGACACAAACACUCAGUUCACGGUCACGGUUAAGCCUGAGCUGAGUAUAUUGGGAUUUCUCGACCAGCUGGAUGAGGAAGCAAACGGUUUCAUCUCACCCAUCGAUGAACUAUCGCCAUCCAAGAACACAACGGACAUGAGACUGUCCAAUUUACAUGCUGCUCCCAUGCAGGAACUUGUGGAGCAGCUCCAAGAAACCCGUGAAGAAAAGAAAAGGAUCCGCAAAAACCUCAGUGAAUUUGAGGAUCAGUUCUUCAAGCAGAACGGCAGAACUGUACAAAAGGAAGACCGCUCACCUUUGGCAGGGGAAUAUAAUAAAUACAAGCACAUUAAAGCCAAACUCAGGCUGCUGGAAGUGCUCAUCAGUAAAAGAGACUCCUCUAAAUUCAUCUAGUGUACAACCUAUCCAGUGACCUGAUAAAGGACUUGCUCUACUAGCCAAACAAGGACCAGACACUGCUAUCAAAAGCAAAACAACUUGUACAAAGACAUUUAUUUUAUCCACAUUGUUUGUGGCCAUGCAGCCCCAUUAAAUGCACGUUUGGCUGUCAAGGAUGCCAAGACAUGCCUGAUUCACCAAUAGAAGAUUGAAAGUGCUGUUGUUCCACUGUGCACCAGUUCAACACUUGUUAUAUCGAAAAAAGACUUUCGGUUUCUUCAUCUUUGAUUGAAGAUUUCUAGAGACAGUGGAUUUGAAAAUGCAACCAGAUUAUGAAAACAAUCAGAUUACCGACGAAACUCUAAUUGCAAUUACCUAUUAAACCAAGAAGAAUGUUUCCGUUAUAUUUCAUGUUGUAUUAUACGACCGUUCGUAUGGAUCUUUUGAUAAUUUUUUUUAUCUUAAUAUUGCUAUAAUAUACUGUAGAUACAACUAUGUUUUUCGCAAUCAGGCAUAAACUUUGAAGAACAUUGAGAUUGUAUGUCUUAAAUUGUAAAUACUUUGAGAGUUUAUCAUUAUAGGAACUUUUUGUAUUUGAUGAAUUAAAGAAUGUUACAGAUUUUCGGAAGGAAGGCUCUGUAUAUUUUUUUGUUAUUUGCUGGUGCCAUAUUUCAUGCAAAUUGUUUAUUUUCAAUAUUCAUGUUUCUGAGACAUUGCAUUGUUUGUGCUUGUUUAUAGUUAAACUAUCUCUGUUGUUCUAACACUGAAGCUGUAACCUUAAGACCAUUGACUAAGCUAGAAUUAACUUACUAACGAGCCUGUAAUAUUCUAACGUAAAAAAACAAAUUACAACCAAGCAAACGAACAGAAAAGAAAAAAUUCCCUUGCCAUGCUAUAAUGGUGUGGAAACGCACAAACAAAGGUACUAUAAACUUGCUGUCAUUAUUUUUGUUGUAUUUUUUUCAUCUCCAGUGUCUAAAUGGUCAUCACAUUAAAGUAACUGUUUAACAGUGAUAUGGGUCGACAAAAUCUUAAAAUUUUAAAAAUCCCUAAAAUGUUACAAAGAAAUUAAACCUAUAUAGUACUAUGUUGUACUGGUAGGUUUGCUUCUGAUCCGCAGAUCCAAACCAAAUGAGCAUGUCACCCCUUUUCUUAUUCUCCAGAUUGGAAACGUGUAGUGUGACCUUUGUUUUUUUCUGAACGUGAUAAAGCUGAUGGAUAAAAAUGAAUACAGUGUACAUUUUAGUGCAUGAUUGUAUAUGUAUUUUGUAUAUAUGAUAUAAAACCAAAACAUAUUUUUCUUCUGAA